UUUUGGACGAUGAUGCGCGGAUUUCAGUUGACUCUGGCUCUGGUGGUGAUCACCCUCUCCGCCCUUCGGCCAAGAGAUGGCCUUAUCGGAGCCGACGCUUCGACUUCCACUUCCGCCUUCGUUCAGAAUGUCAUCUUCUCUAACAGGAUUGCCAUGUUCUCCAAAUCCUACUGCCCAUAUUGCAUGGGUGCCAAACGCAUCUUCAGUGAACUUCACGAAAAACCUUUUGUUGUGGAGCUUGAUCUUCGAGAUGAUGGACCUCAAAUUCAGAGUGUCCUGCUAGACCUGACAGGCAGGCGCACUGUUCCUCAAAUUUUUGUGAAUGGCAAGCACAUUGGUGGCGCUGAUGAUCUUAAAGCCGCUGUUGCUAGUGGUCAGUUGCAGAAACUUCUUGCAUCAAGUUGAUUGAUUGCCUUCUGGGAACGAGGAAGCACAUAUGUGUUGGACUGAAGCUGCAUAUCAGUGCAGAGGAAUCUUAACUUUGUGAAAACUUUUGAUAAUAUUUGUUAUUCGUUGAUACUCUGCAACAGAGAAUGCUGUUGCAAAUUUAGGCCUUGGCUUUAAUGAAAAUAUGCCUUUUUAUUUUUCAUUAUUUGAAGCCGUAGUGAAAAGGUGUUGAGUUUGGAUUAUCUCUGCUUUUGCUGUGUCUCAUAAAUGUGGUAGUGGCACACAAAUUGAAGAUGGAUUUUCUACAUUAGCUAGAUUUUGAAAUAUGCCAAUUUUGUUUGUUCUGAAAUAAUCUUUGGAAAAAAUUUCAGCUAUUAAAUUAUGGGGUGAGCUUCUGUUAGAAAAAGAACCAGGUGUCCAGUCAUGACGAAGUGCCUAUACUUAUCCAAGAAGCUGUGGUGAAAAAAUGAACUCAAAAUAUAAUUUCUUCCAUGAAGGGUAUUCGAAUACAAUAGUAUGUAAUUAUUUUCAACUUUAUGGAUAUAAUUCUAACAAUUUGUGGACCAAAUAUCUUACACUCUCUCUCUCUAAUGAAGUUCUGGCAGCUCACAAGUAGCUGAUUGCAGGGGACAAGGUAUGUGCCUGUGCCUAUUUACCUACUGCAUUCUUCUGAAGAUGCUAGGUGGUCUACAAAUCUUCUUGCUAGGGGGUAAUUUUAAUUUUAUUUUUAUUGAAUUGGAUGCUUGUUUUUCUACCAAAUCAGGAAGACUCUGCAUAAGUAUCUGGUCUCCAAUCGCCUUUCUGAGCACUCAGAAGCCCUUCCUGAUUUUUGGAGAAGGUCAAGUGAACUUCCCAACGGAGAGACUUCAACAGGUUCUCCACUUCUCCAAUCGUGCUGGAUUCAUCUCGGAUAAUCAAUUUGCCUCCAGGCCUUACUAUUCGAUCCACCUCUGCCAAGACAGGUUGCAGUUUGCACCUGUACAAGAGAAAAAGAUGAUCAGCGUGUAGUAGAUCAUAUGUUCUUGGAUAUGUGCUGAACGACUCACACCAAUCAUGGUAAAUCCCAAAGAGACCGCGCUCGUAGAUCACCGGAAGUGUAUCAGGAGAGUCAAUAUUCACCACAUUUAUUACCCAGACUUUAAGGUCUCUCAACGCUGCUGCAAACCUGCAAGGACGAGUCAUGCAUGAGGUAUCAUGAAACGCUUUCAUUCAGAAGAAUAAGUUUUGUGGUUGAGUUGUGAAUAGACAGAAUGAUCUACUCUACCCGCCAUAAACAGAUCUCAUAUCCAUCACAUUUCUGAUGUUGGACAGAUUUAUGCCUAAUCCACUCAUGUAAGUUUUAUUCACAACUCUUUUCCAAUGUUCAUAAUCAGUUGUGAAAUCUUGCGGAGCUGGUUUUCCAUAAAUUCCCAUUUGUGAGCUGUUUAGCCAGUAAGGAGGUGCUUGCAACCGCUUCGGCCAUUGUUGUGGCCAGUUACUGCCCCUCAUUGCAUUGUCAACUGGUACACGGUGCAUGCACGCUUGCAAUGGCACGUACCUGAAAACGGAAGUCCGAUGCUAAUCAAAUCAAACCCAUCAGCUAAAACCAUUGAAGAACAUUGAGCUCGCAAUAUCCCCGCAUGCUUGCUUACCAAGCUGCGUUUGGAUCAUCGUCGUUUUUGCACAUGGGAGGACGCUUGUGUUUUCUUUGAUCGUAGCAUUCAUUUGAGGCUGGUUUCCUGUAAAUGGCGGCCCCAAUGGAAUUCAGCUUGUCUUUCUGAAUCGUCACUAGCUCCCAACACAUGGACUUCGUCAAAUCAGACAUUUCUGAGGGGAAAACAAAAAUCCAUAGAAAUGACAGUGGCAGGUGCGGCUCUGAUACACGGGAGUUGCAGACCAAACAAAAAAUCCACCUGGCCUCAGCACUCGGUUCAAUUCUAAGAGAAGCAUCCCUCCUACAUGCGCAAGCAAAGAAAAAGGUCCCAUUUCCUAAUUAUAAAGCUGAAAUUACAAAUUAAGAAAACAGGAAAGCCCAUGAUUGAUUUUGAUUGUAAGACCUUCUGCAUGCCAAGGCACUCUACACCGAGCACAGUGAAUAAUGUCAAAAACCAUGCUUGGAAAUGGCAGACGUUGUGAGCCCAUGACAGCAGAAAUGGCCGGAAUUCCCCGCUCAAGUGCGAAUUGCACCUGAGCUUCAUGCUCGUCUUUUGGAGCAAACGACAUUGUAAGAACAUCCUUUUCGAACAGAUAGCCGCCGAAGCUGGCAACUCCACAGCCCACGUCCAAUACCACUCUUGUCCUCUUCCCCCAUGCAAUAUCCGUGGAGAGCGCCGUGGAUGAACUGGGUGCCACCGCCGGGAAAAGUCAAGAACUCGCCCGUGACCUUGACCCAGUUUUGGUGGCCUUUCACUUCGGCUAGCUUUGUAUGCGGCACAUUGUGGUACCAAAUCUGUGACAACCCACGAAUCCCAUGAGGACGGGUUCAUGAAUGACUAGUCACAAAUAACAAUGUCAUCUAUCUGUGUAUACCUUGUCCCUGCUUUUGGGCCAUUCGAUGCAUCUUUUGUAAUUCUCUGGCAGUGCGACAAGGCAGGUGGGUCCCUCCUCGGGGCAGUGCCUCUCCCGGUGCUCGAAGUGCUUUGUUGUACGCAGCUGCUUCAGUGCUUUCUCGUUGUCUAAACAGGGGAUGUAAUCGGUGCCCGCCGUGACGUUGCAGAGCUGCCAAGUGUACCCGUAGAGGCUGCCGUUGCUAGUGGAUUCUUCCCGCCGGCGAUCUUUCUCGUUCUCCGAUUGCGCGGCUUGUGUCGACCACGACUUUUUAGACUCCUUCGACUCUUUGGGUAUUGCCGAGUUGGCAUUUUGUUGCGUCGGUGUUCCUCUCGUGGCUGAUUUUGCUCCGACGCAGUUUCUUCACUGUUGUUGCUUGUGUUUGAACUGUCCUGUUGUUGUUGCUGUUGUUCGGUCUUGCCAUCAUCCUGGUUUUGGGUUUCAGAUUCUUGUGGGACUUUUUCAGCUUCAGUUUCAGGUUUCUGUUGAUCGUUUUCAGAGUUUCCGCUGUUUUCUGGGAUGUCGGCUGCUUGCUGUUGAUCGGUUUGAGAGUCUCCGCUGUUUUCUGGGAUGUCGGCUGCUUGCUGUUGAUCGGUUUGAGAGUCUCCGCUGUUUUCUGGGAUGUCGGCUGCUUGCUGUUGAUCGGUUUGAGAGUCUCCGCUGUUUUCUGGAAUGUCGGCUGCUUGCUGUUGAUCGUUUUGAGAGUCUCCGCUGUUUUCUGGGAUGUCGGUUGCUUGCUGUUGAUCGGUCUGUGAGUCUCCGCUGUUUUCUGGGAUGUCGGUUGUUUGCUGUUGAUCGGUUUGAGAGUCUCCGCUGUUAUCUGGGAUGUCGGUUGCUUGCUGUUGAUCGGUUUGAGAGUCUCCGCUGUUUUCUGGGAUGUCGGUUGCUUGCUGUUGAUCGGUUUGAGAGUCUCCGCUGUUUUCUGGGAUGUCGGUUGCUUGCUGCUGCUGCUGCUCUUCAUUUGUAAUUGCUUGUGGAAUUUCUUGUUGACUACCAUUGUUUUCAGGCUCUUCCGGCAGCUGUUCUUGUGGUUGUUCUUGAGGAUUAAUCUCGAGCGAUGCUUCAUUCGAUUUAUUAUUAUCAGAUUCCACAGUCUCCGUGGAUUCAUUGCUUUGAUCAGAUGAAUUAGCGUUUUGUUCUUGGCUCCCUCCCAAGUCUACCUUCUCCUCUACUUUUUGGCUCUCAACCACUUGUUGGUUUUGAGUCAUUGCACUCUCCUCCGACAAUUGAGCCUCAUUUCCGCCACCCCCGUCUUGGUCUCUAGAUUCCUGCCCGUCACUGGCACUGUCCUUUGAUCGGUCAUCGAUAACAUUACUAUCAUUACUAUCAUCGGAUUUAAUAGCAUCAAGAGGGAGAUCACCAGGAUUAUCCUCGAACACCGCAGACGCCUCCUUAUCCUCUGAUCUAGGGAGUUGGAGAUUGUCCAUGGUGGUAGUAGCGGAGGAGGUAUCGGAAGAAGUCCGAGUGGUGGUCUGCGGAGGUACAACAGAGGUGGAGGUGAGCAUCCAUAUUCCGAGAACACAUAAGGCUAAGAAGAUGAGGGUUGUAACAGUGGAAGCAUAGGAAGAAGAGGAGGAUCUCUUGCUACUGCGGGGCCUUCCAAGCGCCAUUAGGAGAAGAACCAAAAGUGAAAAAUGGAGGAAUUUGGAAGCUUGGAUGGUUUUGGGUGUUGUGGUGAGUGAGUAGAAAUAGUACAGGUCGAGAUGGUAAGAGAGAGAGAGAAGAAAUGGAAAUUGUGGAAGAGAGACAAACAUGUUGUUUCCAAAUUUGGAAGGUUCCCAAGGAGAGAAGAUCCAAACUACUCGGAGUAACUAAUUUGGCCUUAAUUUUUUAUUUUUUUUUAUUUUUUU